AUGAAUGGCACGGCGCUGCCGAGACUCGCCUGUCCGUUCAAUCAGAGCCUGGACAGCGAGGAAUUGAAAAUUUAUAAUUUACGCAAAAUCAGUUACGGCGCGAUCAUGCCGAUAAUAUGCCUGUGCGGCAUCGUCGGCAACUCGCUGAAUCUCGUGGUUUUAACGAGGCGCAAUAUGCAGGGCAUGGCCUACGCUUACAUGCGGGGAUACUCGUUGGCUUCACUUCUCGCACUGUUGUUCUGCAUUCCAUUUGUUUCGCGUAUACUCGGCAGCCAAGACGAGAACGGCUACUGGACCAGCUGGCCUCGAGCUUUUUAUCACGCCCAUCUUGAGCUUUACCUGGGCAACAGCUGUCUCGGAAUUGCCGUGAGCAUGUUGUCCGCGCUAACAGUCGAGAGGCACGCGAGACUCUGCUGCGAGCCACCCCAGGCCGGCGCGGCUGCAAGCACGAGACGCUGCAAUAAAAAUGCCUCGCCGCUGACGCGUCCCGUUUCCUCGAGGCUGUUGCUCGCAUGCCUACCCCUGGCUACGCUAAUUCUCCACCUGCCGCUGGUCUUUAGAGCCCGCGUCGACUCCUGUUACUCCACGAACGACGCCGAUGCCUACGCCGCUGCUACCUUGUACUACUGGAAAAACGAUAAUCUCUCCUCCAGGCAGUUGAAUUACUUUCAGCUGUACAGAGUAGUUCUGGAAAUCGCCUACAAGCUCGCUCCCACUGUGCUCAUAGUGAGCAUGAACUUGCGCAUAUUCAUGGUUUACAAGCGAGCUUACGAGCGACGUCUCAAGCUGACUAUUCGCGGAGCCAAGAGCGCCGAGAAUCGACGACUAGGAUUGUUUCUCGGCACGACGAGCCUCCUGUUUCUCGUUUGCGUCAGUCCGAUGGCCAUUUUGCAGGUCACAUUGAACAAACACAAUCUGCUCUGCUUUCCCUAUCAGGUAUUCCGAGCAACUGCAAAUCUACUCGAGGUGGCGAAUUACGCCCUGUCGUUCUAUAUCAACUGUCUCUUCUCGAGGGAUUUUCGUGACACUCUUGUACGAACGCUCAAGAGUUGUCAUAGAGUCCAACAGACUUGA